CUCCCCCAGCGCGCAUCUUCUGAGGCAUUAGGAAACUUAUUUCUUUCUAUCUGUCAUACAGUCAUGAACUGGACACUGCUUGUGUUGGGUAGUGUGUGCAUACUGGUCCUCGUUGAGGACGCGUUUGCAAGUGGGAAGCGUAAUGCGAGGACAGUGACAUUCUCUCGGACUGCACGGGGACACUCGAGAGACAGACGGGACACCUGGAGUGGACAAGCGCAUUUUACGGCAUGCAAGUCUCCACUGUCACCCAAAGACCAAGCGCUUCUGCUCAGCCACACACACGAGACUGGGUUUCAUGGUGAUGAUGGAUCCAGUUUUACGCUCACAUGGGUUGGAGAUGGAACUGGGGUAAUCCUGGUUCUUUCCACACUCAGUGCUCCCUCAGACUCAUUUUAUGAAGGUGGUUCGUCACGUAUUUAUAGGAGUGAUGACUAUGGAAAGUCUUUUCAUGAUGUCUCCCAUGCCAUUAACAACACAUUUAUAAAUAAGGACUUUGGAAUAAGUGCUGGACCUGGGAACCCUCAACAGGUGAUUCUAACGGCCAACGUGCCUUUCACCGAGUCUCGAGGAGGAGUUAUUUUUACAUCAAUGGAUGCUGGUGUGACGUUCAGAUCAUUGCAGCUUCCUUUCCAUCCAGCACAGGCCAUUCAGUUCCACUACCAGGACCCAAAAUACCUUGCGGUCAUCAGCAUUGACGAUAGUCUGUGGCUCUCACAAGACUUUGGAAUCAGUUGGUCUAAAGUUCACGAAGGAGUUCACACGUUCACAUGGGGAUCUGGAAUCACUCUUUUCUUCAGUUCCAGCCCAAAAGGAACUGUGGAGGCAGCAAGACGAGGCGAGCUUAUUCUGAGACGGACGCAGGAUUUCGGCAAAAAUUUCACCACCAUCGCCAAGAACAUCUUCUCCUUCGGAUACAUCGGUGGCUUCCUGUUUACCUCUGUCAUGGAAAAACUGGGCUCUCCCCGUGUCAUCUAUGUGUCCUCAGACCAGGGUAACAAUUUCAAAAAAGCUCAGCUACCAUCAGCAACUACAGAACAGUUCUACUCCGUUUUGGACGGCGACGAGGACAUGAUCUUCAUGCAUGUGGACAACCCUGGAGAAGACACAUAUUUUGGGACUAUCUACACCUCUGAUGACCGUGGAAUCCUGUAUUCGAAGUCUCUGGAGCGUCACCUGUUCGGCGGGGAGGGGAAGAGUGAUUUCACUAACGUUACGUCUUUGAGAGGGGUCUAUCUCACCAACAUACUGGAGGAGGAUGGACGCAUUCGUUCAGUCAUUACGUUCGACAGAGGUGGGCGAUGGAGAUUUCUGAAGAAGCCAGAGAACGUGAAUUGUCCAGAAACCUCAAAAAAGUGUAACCUCCAUAUCCACGGAGAGCAUAGUCACUUCAGUGGAAUCACUCCCAUGCUGCCUCUCUCUGAACCAAAUGCCAUUGGUCUGGUCAUCGCCCAUGGUAGUGUUGGUGACUCCAUUUCAGCCGCUCGCCCGGAUGUGUACGUGUCUGGGGAUGGCGGUUACACCUGGUGGGGGACUCUGAGAGGACCUCACCACUAUAGCAUCCUGGACUCUGGAGGGCUGAUAGUGGCCGUGGAGGCGCAUAGAGACAGAGAGAUCAGCUCAAUAAAGUUUUCCACAGAUGAAGGACAGUGUUGGAAAAUAUUUAAUUUCACAGACCACCCGAUCUUCUUGGCAGGAUUGGCAUCCGAGCCGGGCACUAAGACAAUGAAUAUCAGCAUUUUUGGCUACCGCCCAGAUGAUGAUGAUCAGCCCAUGUGGGUGGCUGUCACCAUAGACUUUGAGCACCUGCUCACCAGAGAAUGUGGUGAAGAGGACUAUGUGCAGUGGUUGGCGCACUCUGACUAUGACUCUGACCCAGAAACAGACGGAUGCCUCUUGGGCUACAAAGAGACGUUUAGAAGACUGAACAAACUGUCUGCAUGUAGAAAUGGGAGAGGAUAUGUGGUCAGCCGUCAGCAGCGUCCAUGUCCUUGCACUAGAGAAGACUACAUGUGCGAGUACGGUUUCUAUCGGCACGAGAACACCUCGGAGUGUCUCCUACAACCGGACUUCCUGAAUCAAACCAAGGAUAUUUGCUUAGAUGGCGAGCUGGAUGACCUUCAGAGUUCAGGGUAUCGUAAGAUUCCUGGCGAUAAAUGUGAAGGGCGUUUCAUCCCUCUGAAAAGAGAAGAUGCUUUCAAAAAGCUUUGUGGGAAGGACACUUCAUCAGCUUCCCUAAAUUCGCAUACUGAGAGAUCACCGGGCAUGCUGGCUCUUAUUGUGGUGUGUACUUGUGUGGGGGUUAUUGGUUUGGUUAUUACUGCAGCUUUAAUAAUCACAUCAAGGAGGAUAAACUGUGGGCAAAGGUCACCUGCUUAUCGCUUUUCGGCUCUGCAACUCCAAGAUGAUGAUCUGUGUGUUAGCAAUGAGAACAGCCCCAACAGCAAACUAAAUGGCUUCCAAGUCCAGGAGGACUCAGAUGAUGAUCUCAUUGAAUGAACAACAUUUAAACUCUGGGAACUACUCAGGCUUUGCAGACAAGUGUGAAUUGUUUCAAAUGAAUCUCAAACCCAGGCACUAUAACUGGACAAUAAGCGCCUGGAAAUAACGGUGAACUGCAUUUUUCAAACCGAGGCAAAUGAUAUCUCACUGCGGUCAGGUUCUUAUUUCGUCCUAUGAAGUGUCUUAUACAGAUACCAGAGGAUAAUCAUUACGAGUGAAUUUACUUUCACACUCUCUGUCUUUUGCACUGGAAUCAUCCAUAUUCCCUCAGGCUGCUGCUGGCAAUCCUCCUUGAGCUUUGGGACUAUGUAUUUUUGAAUAGACCAAUCUACUGUUUUUGAACUGUA